AUGCGUUCUGUAUUGUGCCGGUCGCUAUCGGCCCUGGCCCCAGCCCGGUCGUGGGCACCAUCCGCCAUGAUUCAGCCUAUGUCACAGCGGCUGCACUCCACAGGGUCAGGUUCUCAUGGCUCACACCACAUCCAAACCCGGAUACCGUCGUUGAAAGGCGAGCCCAAGCAGGGCCACCGGUUCCGCGAGUUUGACCUCGACGAUCGUGUCUUCGCCAUCACUGGUGGUGGACGAGGACUCGGAUUGGCGAUGGCUGAAGCUUUGAUGGAGGCUGGUGCGAAAGUCUACUGCUUGGAUCGACUUGAGUCUCCCCACCCCGACUUCCUCGCCGCUCAAGAGCAUGCCGAGAAGAACUAUGGUGGCAGCCUGGAGUACCACCGUAUCGAUGUCCGAGAUGAGUCUGAAGUGAACGACCUCUUUGCGGAAAUCGCAGGCAAGAACCGGCGACUGGAUGGCUUGAUUGCCGCCGCAGGAAUCAACCACCUGCAGAGCGCUCUGGAACACUCGCAGGUGGCUCUUAACGAAGUCAUGCAAAUCAACUUUAAUGGAGUCUUUAACUCGGCCACUGCUGCUGCGCGGCAGAUGUUCAACUACCAACAGAAGGGUUCCAUCCUUCUCAUUGCCAGCAUGAGCGGUCUGAUUGCCAACAAGGGAAUGACCUCUCCCGUCUACAACGCCUCCAAGGCGGCUGUGAUCCAGCUGUCCCGAUCCCUCGCUAUGGAAUGGGGCCGUCACGGUAUCCGCGUGAACAGCCUGUGCCCCGGCCAUAUCAUCACCCCAAUGGUGGAACAGGUGUUCCAGCAGAAUCCCGCAUCCCGAGCUGUCUGGGAAGCCGAGAACAUGCUCGGACGACUUGCCUACCCGGAGGAAUUCCGAGGUGCUGCUCUCUUCGCUCUGAGUGACGCGAGCAGCUUCAUGACCGGCAGCACCAUGCUCAUCGACGGUGGCCACACCGCAUGGUAAAAUGCGGCUGUCUUGUCAAUGGUCACGAAGAAAAAAAAACUACUACUACUACCGGAGUUGGCAAUAAAUAAACAACACGUUGGGAAAUGGUAUUUAGAGAGGGUCCGUUCGGGGAGGAGUUCUAUAAAUAGCUUUAUGGAAGGGAUGAGCAUUUCAAAAGUCGCCUACUAUUAUGGAUGAUUCUUUUUUCUUGGGGAAAGGGGGGACAUACCCAUGGCUUCUUUUUUGAUGUAUCAUACAUACGGUUUUCUUAUCUUUCUUCAUGGCCUCAUCACCAGCUCUAUUUUUCUUUUGUUGCAUUCUUUUUGGUCAUGAGGGUUUUAAAGCGCGUUAAAUGAACUGGUUUGGUUAAUGGGAUGAUUUGAUAGCUGUUUGGCUUGAAUGAUUCUUUUAC